GCAUUUGAUAAGGUUUGGCACAAAGGUUUAUUGGCCAAACUUAAAAGUAUUGGCAUAAACGGCCCCUUACUUCAAUGGUUUGAAAGUUAUUUGACUGAAAGAUAUCAAAGAGUAACCAUUGAGGGAACGAGCUCUGACUGGGCACGUAUUGAAGCCGGAGUACCCCAAGGAUCUGUUCUUGGACCAUUGUUAAUUCUGAUUUAUAUCAACGACAUAGCUGAUAAUGUUUCUUCCACUUGUUUUCUUUUCGCUGAUGAUUCCUUACUAUUAGAUGAAGUCAUAUCGCCGAUUGACACAGCUAACAAGCUAAAUAACGAUCUUGAUUCUAUAUCAAUGUGGGCUGAUCGAUGGCUG